GCGGGCACCGGCAGCUCCUCCCCGGCGCCGGCUGCUCGCGGCCGCUGCCCCCUCGCUGGCGCUCUGGCAGGCUGGAGUCCCGCCCGCCUCCGUAUCCGUGAGAACGUCCUGUUCCUGUCAGCCGCGGGCUGGGCAGAGCCGGAGCGCGGCGUGCUAGGCCCAGCACUGCCCGCGGGGAUGGGGACGGCGUCGCGCCUGCCUCCUCUCCUCCUCCUCAGCCUGCUGCUGCUGCCGCCGCCCGGCGCCUUCGCAUUCGUGCUCCUGGACAGCGACUUCACCUUCACGCUGCCCGCCGGCCGCAAGGAGUGCUUCUUCCAGCCCAUGCGGCAGGGGGCCUCGCUGGAGGUCGAGUACCAGGUUUUAGACGGAGCAGGAUUAGAUAUUGACUUUUACUUGGAAUCUCCAAAAGGUGAAAUUCUAGUUUUUCAUCAGAGAAAAUCAGAUGGAGUCCACACGGUGGAAACAGAAGAUGGAGAUUACAUGUUCUGCUUUGACAAUACAUUCAGCACCAUUUCAGAGAAGGUGAUUUUCUUUGAAUUGGUCCUAGAUAAUAUGGGAGAAGGAGAAAAAGAGGACUGGAAGAAGUACAUUACAGGCACAGACAUGUUGGAUAUGAAACUUGAAGAUAUUCUGGAAUCCAUCAACAAUGUCAAAGCCAGAUUAAGCAAAAGCCUCCAGAUUCAGACGCUGCUCAGAGCAUUUGAAGCUCGUGAUCGAAAUAUACAAGAAAGCAACUUUGACAGAGUGAAUUUUUGGUCCUUGGUCAACUUGGGAGUAAUGGUGGUGGUUUCAGCUGUUCAGGUUUACAUGCUGAAAAGUCUUUUUGAAGAUAAGAGGAAAAGUAGAACUUAACAGCAAGUGUGAUCAUAGCAAUAACCAGAGAGGAGGGGGAAAUGCAGUAAACUGCUACAGCAAAAGGGACUGGUGUUACCUUGCCGCUUGUUUUGAAUAGACAUUAUAAUCAGGUUCUUGAUUCACAUGUGACUAACAUGAACAGAAUACCUUUUCCCCCGUCCUUCCAUCUCUGCAAGCGUUACUAACAGUCUUACUGGUGCAUCUAUUUGUUGGUUUGUUGCAUUUGUAAUGAUUCUUACUAGAUUAUGCAUAAUACACAGAAUGGUGGAUCAAAUGCAAACUAAUGUUAAUACCUGCCAUAUAGGUUUUCAAGUGACCAAGAAAAAAUGACUUUCUAUGUCCGCCUAAAUAAUAAUUUGUUUUUUUACAAGUUUUUAAAAUAAGCAUUGAGUAAAGUUACAGAUGUGCCAAAGGAUUCAUGCCCACCUAUGUAGGCUAUAGCUAUUGUAAGUUCUCCAUAAAAGUAAAUGUACAAAAUUUCCUCGAGUCUUUAUUGUAUAGCAUAAUACAGAAACACUGGGUUAACAUUUGUGAAGUGAUUAAAAUGAGAAGUUAUUUUUCACUUUUAUAUAUAUGUUAUAGUUAUAUAUAUAUAUAUCAGCACUUUAAAGAAACAGUUAAUGUGAAAUUUAGUCAAUUUAUAAACUAAUUAAAAGUAGCAUCAGACACCAUACCUGUCCAAGUCCUUCUGCCAGUUGUUGUGAUUGUACAAUCCCAUUUUCCUGUUUAGGUGGUGGUUGCUGUGUGAAAGGUCCACCUGAACAGUGAAAUUGACCAUACAAAGUACAGUCAGAUGCACAAAAUAAAAUGGAAUUAUUUAAUCUUUAGUUCUUGUAAUCUGAUAUUAUAACAGUAGAUACAUUCAGACAGAAGUGAGUUUUUUCAGAUGACUGUUCCUUUAAUAGUUUUUAGAUAAAAUUGUCUGAAAACAUUAACUUGACAUUAAAUGUUUAUAUACUUCCAAAUCCUUUCUAUAUUACUAAUUUUGCUAAGAUGUUUUGCUCCUUGAGGUCAAGCAGGUUUAUGCCACAAUUUGUAGCAGUUGACGAACUUCAGAGCUAAAGUUGUUCAGCUAAACCCGCCCCACAAAAAAACCCCAACAAUCUGUAGUUGCAUAACUAUUUUCAUUCUACUCUCACGAGUAGUCCUAUUAAAUUAAUGGGACUAAUUGCAUAAAACAAAACAGGAUUUGGCCCUAAAUUUUGAGAUUUAUUUGCAGCGUGAAUUGAUUAAGCAAGGUAAUGCUCAAUCAUAGAAGCAGUUUGCUAUUUCUCAAAAAAAGGCAAGUGGUUUGCAUCAAACCUACCAUUUCUUUCUGCUGAGGGAGUGGAAAAAUAACACAUCUCAUCUGUGCAUUUGUCUUCUUUUGUCAUAACCUUAGUAUUUUAGAGUGCAGUUUUUAAGUAUUUUGUAAUCAGCCUAGAUUCAAGCCAAGUGCCAACCCAGUCGAAGUGCCCAUAGAAAAUUGUAUUAGCUCUGAAAGUCCAUGUUAAGACUGCUAGGCCUGUACCACUGUUCACAUCAGCUGUCUUUAAAAAGAUUUAAAACAUUUGUUCUAGCCUAGGUAUGCAAGUGUACUGCGUGUGUUAAACUUGGUGUUAAGAAUUGAAACACUACAACUAGACUGUCUCCUUUGUGAUCACAUCUGCCUGAAGGUCAUUAUGCUGGAGGGCCCAGCAUUAUCUACCUAGAAGAAGAUGGGAAACAUUUUUCAGUGCAUGGACUUAUUAAAAUGCAAGCAUUGUGGCACAGGUGCAUUGGCCACUUUUCUCUAGCAGGGGCUGUCAUAUAUAGCGAUUACCCUUUAGUUUCAAUUUUAGAUGUAUGAAUGAAGACUAGCAAUAAUCCUUUUAAAUUACUGCUUUUAAGAAAAAAAUAUUUUAAAAGGUGCUGCUGACUAUAUGACUUCAGGGGCAGCUGGAUCUGCCCUCUAUUAGUUUGGGAACAUAAUAUAGUAAAUUCUCAUUUGAUGGGCAAGUUAGUGAUAGAAAGGUCUAAGGGACGUGUUAUUUGAUGCGUACAAAUUUGCAGAAUCAUAAUUUCAAGGUGUUACCCUCUGGAGCGUGGGAAGGGGGAUUCAUUGUUCAUCCCCUCCCAGCUCCUCCAAUUGGUGGACAUUUUGAUCAUAGUGUCACUGGAAAUGGGUCAGGUUUGGAAUCACACUUCACAGAAGUUGUGUGAAAUAACAUGCGCUCCCAAAUCAAUCUUGCAGCUCAUCAAAUGCUGACGACCCUGCAAAUGUUUGGCCAGCAGCCUGCCUUGUACAGAGAUGCGUGAGGGUGGCGCAGACAAGGAUCAAUGUGACAUGUCUAGCAGUGCUGCUCUAGACUGAGACAACACUGAGGGUGACUUUGAUGAAUAAAUGUUUUCAGUUAUAAGUGUCCAGGCUAGAUUCUUUAUGAUUGACAAAGAUCAAUCUCUUUACUUAAGUCAUGCAUCCCUGUGUUAAAUCAUAAUUAAAAAAACAUUUUCUCAAAUAUAUACAUAACUGUUCUAGGUUUGUCAUGUUGAUAUCAUUGUUUGUGAGAGAAAGGGCUUUCAAACGAUACCCAACCCGUAAUCCAUUUCAAAUGACUUUGUAUUAUCAAAAUUCCACCAAGUGGGGGGCGGGGGAGCACCGAGUCCCUCCUGCCAUGUUGCAGAGGGUGACACCAUUGAACUUACGAGCCUAGAGAUUUUUACAAAUUGAAUUACACCAUCCUUACCUUCCUUUCAUUAACUUGUCCACAGAAUUACACAUGCUCCCACAGUGUAUUGGAGCAGUGGUUCUCACCCUUUCCAGACUACUGAAGCCCAAGCCCUGCCACCCAGAACUGAAACAUGUAACUUAGCUGUGUGAGGCCCUGGGCAACUGCCCUGCUUGCCACCCCUUAACGCCAGCCCUGACCUUGCAACUUCCCUAAACCUAUGCCAUGACCCCAGGUUGAGAAACUGAUGUAGAUGAGUUAAUGUAUCCCCGGAAGACCUCUGUGUACUCUCAGGGGUACGCGUAUCCCUGGUUGGGAACCAUGGGAUACAUCAUUCUUUUGGGUAGGACUCCCUUCAGAGCAAGUUACCGCUUCUUCCUUAAUCGAUGAGUGGGGCAGUGGUGAGCAGCAUGAGGUAUUCCAUUUCUCUAGGGACUUAAUGCCUAUACCUAAAGUAUUUGCAAAACAGGGAACAAAUAGUAAAAAGAUCUCCUAUAGACCUGAUCCAGCGCUCAUUGAAGGCGUUCAGUGGAAUGGCUCCCACUGACUUCAGUAGGCUUUGGCUCAGGCUCUUUUGAGUACAGGCAGACCCAUGUUCCUAGAGCUCUGUCCUUUUAAUAGAAAAUAGAAGUGAUGCGGCCUUAAAUGUCAUACUACAAAUGUGAUGCUGUACCACAGCUGUGAAAUGCUGCAUUCUUUCCAUGAAGCUGUGACUAAGAAGUCUACCUCUGAUGUUAGGCCACUGUAUUCUAGCUCUUAGCUCGGUUAUUAGAACAACCCUUCCUAUUGUAACUUCUCUAUAAAAAAAAAUCCCCAUCUCAUAACAAAGUUUUAAACAGAGGAUAUACUAUAGAUGCAGCUGUAUGAGACUUUGUCAACUGAAAAAUAUUUAUCAGUGGCCAUGGGUGAAGGAUAUGGGGUUCAAACUUAGACACAAUAAAUGACAUUUUAAAUGGGAUGUUGGAGUAAAUGUUCUUGUGUUUUGUAUAAAAGGUACAAAUCAAAUAUUAACUGAAAUAAGGAAAACAAAUCUAGUGUGUAAGAUGAACUGUUUUUAUUCUGUGUUAAGUAAUUGUUAAAGUCUGUGGAUGUGAAUAAAAUUAUAUGCCAGAAGCUUAGAUUUUACAAUAAAUAAGAAGGCUAAA